GUUCUUUUUAGGAUAUUCAAUAGCUUGGACCUUAAAUCCUUCUGAAUAGCUCUUAAUCUUCUUCCCUUUAUGCGAUUUCAAAUGAUUGAAAUCAGCAUCCUCCAUUUUGAAAAUGAUGAUAGGUGAAGUGUCACUCGUGACGUGACGAGUUUGACCCGGCCGAAAUUCUAGACGUGCUAAUAAUAGUAAUUCUAGGCAGGCGCAUACUAUAGACCUGGUGGCAAUUCAAGGAAAUAUGGUAUAUGUCGUCAUAAGUAGUAGUAAGAGACUACACACAGGAAAAGAGCAGAAUGUCAGGGCGUGAUGUGACGGUACACUUGCUUUCAGACAAGAGCUAUAUGCAUGCAUGUUUGGUUAUGCUUUAAAGUCAUUUGCAACAACGACAUUUUACUCUGUAGCACUUUGAGGUGGUUUGCUCAAUGUAAAGUGCGUUUUUACAAAUGCAAUCUAUUAUUGUUAUUAUUUAAACGCCGCUUUAGUCGAUGAUUCGUCGAAGUGCGCACAAUCAAUGUUGUGUACAAUGUGCGGCACGUCUUCGGCACGUGCCCCAACAGACACUAAACCACGCCCCCCACCCUCACCCCUCCCCGCUUUGUACCUUCACGUGAGCGCCUGAGCGGGUAGGGGCGGGGGGCACGUGUUCUGCCACGAGUGUCCUCGCGACUCGGCUGCAAUCUUCUUCUUUUCUGUCCUUCCACUCACUUUGUGGCUAAUACUCCACUUUAUCUUCACCAAACACUUUUUUUAAAGCCACUUUGUGGCUCAUACUCCAUUUUAUCUUCACCGAGCACUUUUUUAACGCGAGGACCUCAGGACAUCCACACACAGUGCGGCAUGCACAUGACCGCAUAAGCAGCCAAUCAGCGUCUACUAUGGGCGAAAUGGGUGGGGCUUUCCCUCGUGAAUAACCAAUAAGCGCCGUGUAUGUCCACGGGUGACACAAAGGAGAACCGUGAGUGUGUUUGGUUUCCGCAUCUUUUCGUGCGGUGGACAAGACGCGAGUGCGGUGAGGCUACAAAAAAAGAGGAAUAGUCGAUUUUUUUUAGUAAACAAAACUUCCUUUCUUCGUCCGACAACAAUGCCGAGUGGAACCGCAAUGGCUGAGCCCGAGACGAACGUCGAGCGCAAGUCGUACUCGUUCGCGAUCAGGAAGAUUUUGGACAUCCCGCCCCCGAACAUUCUGGAAGAAGGUGAUGGCGAGAUGGAAAAGGAGAAGCUGGGCUCGGUGGAGGAUGUGGAAGGGGGCGGUGCCGGAGCUGGCAGCGCUGCCGGAGCCCCGAGAGGCGGGGCCGGCGUCGGAGGGGUCUCCGCCUCCCUGACCCCGGCCAUCUGGGAGAAGACCAUCCCUUACGACGGCGAGACCUUCCACCUGGAAUACAUGGACCUGGACGAGUUCCUGUUGGAGAACGGGCUCCCCGUCAGCCUGGAGGAGGAGGAGGAGGACCCACAGAAGACCCUGACCACGGCGGGCGGGAAAGGUAAAAGCGCCCCGAAGGCCGCCACGUCUCCCUCUCCCCCGCCCGCUCCCGGGGCUUCGCCGGACGCCCCGGAGCCCGAGGAGGCAGCGACGGUCACCACCCUGCUGCCCGCCAAGUUGGAAGAUGAAGAGGAGGAGGAGGAGGAAGAGGAGGAGGCGACGGCAGAAGGAGAGGACGUCAACCAACAAAGUCCUGGUUAUCACGCCGUAGAGCGCAACACGCCCUCUCCCAUUGACCCGGAAGCCAUUGAGGUCGAUGUCAACUUCCAGCCAGACCCCACAGACCUGGUCCUGUCCAGCGUGCCCGGCGGAGAGUUGUUCAACCCACGCAAACACAAGUUCUCUGACCAGGAGCUCAAGCCGCAGCCCAUGAUCAAGAAGGCCAAGAAAGUCUUCGUUCCCAACGAACAGAAGGACGACAAAUACUGGUCGAGGAGGAAGAAGAACAACGUGGCCGCCAAACGGUCCCGCGACGCCCGGCGCCUGAAGGAGAACCAGAUCACGGUGCGCGCCUCCUUCCUGGAGCGGGAGAACGCGGCGCUGCGGAAGCAAGUGGGCGAGCUGCGCAAAGACUGCGGCCGCUGCACCAACAUCCUGGCCCGCUACCAGGCCAAGUACGGCCCGCUGUAAGACAAGUCUCGCUAAAACUUCCGAGCCCGCAGAAUCCAACACAGACAUGGGAAAAAAAAACCACACAAGGGAAAUCGACAAAUUUGCACUCUUGCUGACCUGCGGUCACCGUGUGGAGCUCCGGUCGCAGGGUCCGAACCUGGCGUCGUAGCGGUUGGACGCACGAGGGGAGGGGCGGGGCAUAGAAGCGUGUGGAGAGCGCCUGGCUCCCUCACCGCGAGGAAGGCCACCACGCUCCUGUGGACGCGAACGCUCUUCAAGAAAGCCAGGAAAUACGGCAAGCUGAUUCCAUUGUUGUUGUUUUUAUUUUGGAAAUCACGGCAUAGCACUUCCUGUAGUGGACCAAAGCAUGCGUGCCCCCAGUAUCUACCUGUCCCUGUGCCACACCUGUCCUUUUGUGUAGAGGCAGGACAAGAAUAGUAUCUACCUGUCCCUGUGCUACACCUGUCCUUUUGUGUAGAGGCGGGACAAAAAAGGAGUGGAAGUCAGAGACCCAAGGAAGCCGUGAGGAGUGGACAGUCCGCUUAGUUGCUCCUUCAAGUAACACACACACACAUUUGUAUAGUCCUCUCCAAGUAACACACACACUAUAUUUGUAUAGUCUUCUCCAUUGUUGCACUUUCUCUUGGAGGUUGUUAGAAAAGGUGCAUGAAGGAGAGCCGCACGGAAGAUUUUAAAAACAUCACCAGUUAGUAAUUAAAUGCAGGCUACGGAGUGAUGAUAUGCGAGUAGUGGGGUGUUUGUUUUACUGCACUCUGCAAGUAGUGGGUGUUUGUUUUACUGCACUCUGCAAGUAGUGGGGUGUUUUUUUUACUGCACUCUGCAAGUAGUGGGUGUUUGUUUUACUGCACUCUGCGAGUAGUGGGGUGUUUGUUUUACUGCACUUUGCAAGUAGUGGGUGUUUGUUUUACUGCACUCUGCAAGUAGUGGGGUGUUUGUUUUACUGCACUCUGCAAGUAGUGGGUGUUUGUUUUACUGCACUCUGCAAGUAGUGAGUGUUUGUUUUACUGCACUCUGCAAGUAGUGAGUGUUUGUUUUACUGCACUCUGCAAGUAGAGGGGUGUUUGUUUUACUGCACUCUGCAAGUAGUGGGUGUUUGUUUUACUGCACUCUGCAAGUAGAGGGGUGUUUGUUUUACUGCACUCUGCAAGUAGAGGGGUGUUUGUUUUACUGCACUUUGCAAGUAGAGGGGUGUUUGUUUUACUGCACUUUGCAAGUAGAGGGCGCCAGAGUCUGUAGGGGCUUUGGCUUCACAUUCUGUAAAUAAAGUAAUCCUCUUUAGAUCCUGGUAUCUGAAGACAAAACGGGGAGGGUGAUAUUUGUUCUAUUUGGCAAAUAGUGCUGUAAUAAUACUGUUGAUUGUCACGUAGAAGAAUAUGUUGGGUUCUUAUUGCGGGUGCAAAUGAAGCGAGCAGGGAUUCCACAGAAGGAUGUGUAUGAGUUGGUGUGUAUAUAAAGGUCUACGCUCUCACUUACCUCAGUUGGACUUCAGAGGCGAGAUAAUAGAAGAAGUCCACUUGGCAGGACUUGCCAAACUGGCUACCUGUUUUUAAUGAGUAAAAGCAUCAGAGCAGGGUUGUCCAGUCCACACUUCUUAACUCGCAUUGGGCUAAAUAAAUGUGUAAGUUCGACUUCUAUUUUGUUUACUUCCGCGACGACGUCCUUAACGUUUUGUAAUCCACCAGAAAUAUCAAGCAGCUAAAAUGUUUUCAACACAAUCCACGUGGAGAGUGUUUUGCAGUCUUCCCAGCAUGCAUUGCAGGGGAUUUCAAUGGGUGUACAUUUGUAUUAUGUAUUGGGGAUAUAACAUCCACAUGGUUGUGUAAGGUGUGACCAUGUGUGUUGACUUUUUGUGUUAGUUUAUUUGCGCCAUAAGUGGGAAAGGCUGUUUUGGGUUAGGUCAUAUUAGUAAAUUCAGUGCUGAAAACACUUCAAAGUAGGACUGGGUUGAUACAUUUGUAUCACUUUUUAUCAUGGUACAAAACAAUCUGUCAGUAUAAAAUGGACCUGAUAAAAUAUUCCAUAUAUAUAUAUAAAAAUAUACUUACUGUAUAUUUUUGGGUGGGAAGAAUUUAUGAUUUGUUGCAUGAAGUCGCUCGCGUUGAGCAGCAAACAGGAAGUGUCACUAAGCAAUGGUAAGGACACACUAACAGCCAAUCAGGUAACAGUAUCAACUGCUAAUUUGGGUAGUGCCGUAUUUCAGUUUCGCUGUGGAUUCUCUGCAUGGAGUGAAAAGAGAAAGUGUGAACACACUGUGUUAAGUGUUCAGUAGCUUCUAUUUUACUAUUUACCACCUGGCGGGCGAACAUAUAAUACUCUAUUUAUUGGCGGGCUUCAAUAAGUCAUCAAUAAUAUCAAUAAUCAUCGAUAUCGUGAUAGUUUUCAGCCGUAUCGCCCAGCCCUACUUUUUGUGUUUUUCAUUUAUUUUUACCACAUAAGUGGGAAAUGUUUGGAUUGGGUCAUACAUAAAAAUGCUGUGCUGUGUACACUUCAAAGUGCAGUCCAUGGUCAUUAACUUCAAUCACUCAAACUCUCAGCGAUUAUGUCGAGAGAUAUGUCCAAUGUGACCUGGUGACUUGUGGUGGUCGGGACAGCCCUGGCUUCCAGACUGUUCCAGUCCUCCGAGGUCUCCGUGUGGUAAGAGACGAUACAGGUGGCAAUAAGAAAUAACCACAAUAGUGCUUGUUUUACUGCAGUCACAAUAGCGUGUGUAAAGAUGCAAUCUUGUCCUUUUCUUUAAAGACUAAAAAAAAAAUAAAAAUGUGCCCAAAGUC